AUGACUUCUUCCAGCCCUCCUGCGCUGACUACAACCUUUACACCACCAGCAGCAUGUACUACCGAUACGUGGAUGAUUGAGAACCUGUCAGGUACAGAUUACUACACGACAACUGUAACGACGGGCCUCACUGGCUGGUGGCUUAACCUUGGCCCGACGGACUGGAGUACUUGCUUGCCUUCAGGCUAUGCGCAGGCGACUGAUUUUUACUACUCUCCUGGUAUUUGUCCAUCGGGCUAUUGGACAGCCUUCCAGUCGGCCUAUACUUCUAGUGGUGAGGCUGCUGAAACCCAUGCCACCUGCUGUCCAAUUAACUACAGCGUCCAGACUCGAAGCGAUCUGCUUUGGUUUACAACGAAUCAAUGCACCUCUCGACACACCGAGCUAAGCGUUUGGACCUACACUCAAGGGGGGAUAGUUUCUAGCUUGACGACCACGGCAGACGGUAUCAACGCCAAAGGUGUCUCUAUUCGCUGGCGUGCCUCGGACCUUGUUACCGCCACUGCGACGAGCGCAUCGCAAAUCACAACUAGCACAGGAAUCCGUGGUCCCACAGCAACACCAACAUCAACAGCCCAGGAAACAAAUCCAUCCAACAGCGGGCUUUCGACUGGAGCCAAAGCAGGCAUCGGUGUCGGCGUAUCUUUGGGCGCUCUUCUCAUAUUUGCGGUGAUAGUUCUGAUAUGGAUGUUGCGGCGGAAAGGCAAGAAAGAAGACCCUUCUCCCGACGCAACAGAGCCUACACACUACAACAGAUAUAUGCCGCCCAUAGAACUUGAAGAUACCGGAGCAGCGUACGGAUACACGGAAGCCAAGUACAGGGACUCAAGCAGGUCAAGGACACUUCAUGAACUGGACUCAAAACACAUUGCUGCGGAGCUGCCCGCGCGAUGA